AUGGCAAAACCUUUACCAAAAAUUGGUUCACGAAGAAACGGACGUAUUGGUUCGCGUAAGAAUUCACGUAAAAUACCAAAAGGAGUUAUUCAUGUUCAAGCAAGUUUUAACAAUACUAUUGUGACCGUUACAGAUGUACGGGGUCGAGUGAUUUCUUGGUCCUCCGCUGGCACUUGUGGAUUCAGGGGCACAAGAAGAGGAACGCCAUUUGCUGCUCAAACCGCAGCAGGAAAUGCUAUUCGGACAGUAGUGGAUCAAGGUAUGCAACGAGCAGAAGUCAUGAUAAAGGGUCCUGGUCUCGGACGAGAUGCGGCAUUAAGAGCUAUUCGCAGAAGUAGUAUACUAUUAAGUUUCGUCCGGGAUGUAACCCCUAUGCCACAUAAUGGCUGCAGACCCCCUAAAAAAAGGCGCGUGUAA